UCUCAAAUUAAAACCAUCAUAUCUAGCAUACAUCUAGCUCCAACACAAUACAAUACAACCUUAAUUAUAUAUGGCAAGAUACACCAUUCCCUUGUUGUUUCUCUCACUUUCUCUCCUCCUCCUCGGCGGCAGUGUCGAGAGCUGUCGUCGGUGCUCUAGGGCUAGAGCCUUCAUAAUUGCCUCAUGUAGCACCACUAGCUACCCUAAAGUGUGUGAAAAAUCCCUAUACAAAUACGUUAACUCGACAAAUCUAAGCCAUCGACAACUAGCUCAGAUCGCGUUAAAGGUUAGUUUAACGGAGGCUAGAUUUACAAGAUCCUACUUAACCAAAUUGUCUACUAGGCUGAAAAUAGCCCAUUGGGAGGAGGCCCAAGCGAUAGGGGAUUGUAUAGACCAAAUAAAUGAUAGUGUUGCUCAACUUAGGUUAUCAUUAAGGGAGCUUCAAAAAUGUGGUGAGAAAGUUGGUGUUGAUGAUUUUUUGUGGUAUAUGAGUAACGUAGAGACUUGGGCUAGUACUGCUCUUACCGAUCAAAUUAACUGUGCCGCGGCGUUUGAAGGUAACGUACAUGGGAAGAUUGUAAGGAAUAGGGUUAGGGCAAAGGUUGAGGGUGUUACUCAGGUCACAAGUAAUGCUUUGGCUUUGGUUAAUCGUUUUGUUACAAGGCAUAGAUUCACUCGUGGCACCCAUCUUAGUCCUUAAUUAAGAUUGAUUGAUGGAGGUUUUUUGUGGUGAUCAUGUUGUUUGCAAGUAGUCUUAUACAUAUGUACACUAAUUAAUUAAGUUGAUGGAUUUUUAGUUGUGUUUCUUUUGGAUCUACAAGUCCUUGUUUGUUGUUUAUACUACAAUGUUUACAUGACCUACAAAGCUAAAUGUACGUAUAAUGGAAGGUUGUAAUUAUGUAUAAUAUUAGCAAAGUUUUGUAAUAAUGAUAUUGUAUUGAAAUUAUACGCACAUUUGCAGCAAAUGGUGUCACACGUAAUGUUUUAUGAUAAUU